GAUCGUGCUCGAGCUUUGGAGCACAGCCAUUGGUGGCGCAAAUGCGAGCCACCUGCGAAUCGUCCGGACGAUGAGGAUCGCCAGGGCUCUGCGGGGCAUCCGCGUGAUGAGGCUUUUCAGGUAUGUCAGCGCCCUGCGCACCUUGAUGCUCUCCAUCAUCUCCACCGCCGGGUCUCUGUUCUGGACCCUCUUGCUGCUGAUCUUGCUUUUCUACAGCUUCGCCGUGAUCUUGACGCAGACGGUCAGCGACUACUGCCGAGAUCAGCAGGUGAAGGCCACAGGGAAUCCCAAUGCUCUGCCAUUCUGCAUCGACCCGGCGCUCCUGCAAUUCUGGCCGAGUGUGCUGGAGAGUAUGCUUACACUCUUCCUGUCCAUCUCUGGCGGAAUCGACUGGCAGCAAGCAAUGGAACCUCUGCGCGAGGUUUCCCCCGCAGCGGUCAUUAUGAUGAUCCUGUUCAUCGUAGUGACUGUCUUUGCGGUUUUGAACGUCGUUACCGGUGUGUUCUGCACCACAGCCAUCGAGAGCGCCCAGUCGGACAAGGAUAUCGCUAUCAUGAAGCAGAUGCACAAGCAGAGAUCCUUGGUGGAAGCCUUGAAGAUGACCUUCUCCGAGAUCGACCACGACAAUUCGAAUCGGGUGUCCCUGGACGAGCUCAAACAGGCACUGACUGCCAAGAAGCUGGUGCAUUUCAUGGAGUCUUUGGGAAUCUCCACCCAGGACGUGAUGACUCUCUUCUUGAUCAUCGACCACGAUGAAUCUGGCUGGAUUGAUCUGGACGAGUUUGUCUCCGGAUGUAUGCAGCUACACGGUCCUGCCAAGAGCUUGCAAAUGGCGCAGGUCUUCCAUGAGCUCCAUCUGCAGAGGAAUGGCAUCCAGUCCGUGGCAGACAGCGUUGCCGAUCUGCAGCAGGGGCUGGCUGUCAAGGUUCCUGAAAAAGCCGCCACGUCAUAG